GGUGACCCAAGCUACGUGCGUGCGUCACUGAGUCAGGACAUGAUCGAUCGCUACCUGCUACUGCCACUGGUUGAAUGGAAAGCGAUUUACUUUGUUGACAAACCCUCCCUUCAUCAUACAUCAACAGUCAGCGAUGGAUGCAUGGUUCAUGGACGACUCUGAUGAAGACCAACGAUUACCACAUAAACUUGACCCAAACCAACCGGUAUCCCUAGAGGAACUGCAGAAAAUCGGAGUUUUCUAUUGGAGGUUAAAUGCAGACAUCUAUGAAAAUGACCCAGAACUAGAGAAGAUCCGUAAAGAGAGGGGCUAUUCAUAUAUGGACAUCAUAACUGUACACAAGGACAAACUCCCCAACUAUGAAGAAAAGUUGAAAAUGUUUUAUGAAGAGCACCUACACCUGGAUGAGGAAAUCCGCUACAUCUUGGAUGGGACAGGCUACUUUGAUGUCAGGGAUAAAGAUGACCGCUGGAUCAGGAUUGCCAUGUCCAAAGGGGACAUGAUCACUCUGCCAGCAGGCAUUUACCAUAGGUUCACCAUGGACCAAACAAACUAUGCAAAAGCCAUGAGGCUGUUUGUGGGGGAGCCUGUGUGGAAGGCUUAUAACCGGCCUGCUGAUGACUUUGAAAUCCGCAAGGCAUAUCUGAGCUCAUUACAAUGUGCUUAAGUGUCAUGUGGUCUGCCCGACACUUGGGGAACCACUAUGGAUGGACUCACUAACAUUUACAGCUCAAGAUCUACUAACUCUAUUGCCUUGUUAGAGUGCUUGGUAGGGACAUCUCAGUCACAAGAAUGUUGAUUACUCUAGUGUAGUAAUGUUUGCGAAAUUGUACAAAAUACUAUUGUACACCCUUUAUGUUUUGUAAAGAUGAAUAAUUGGCUCAGAUUGCUGCCUAUAAUUGCAGAAUUUACACACGUUUACAUAAAUGUAGUAGGUCUGUUGAUUGUGUGCAAAUGUAGAAUGAUUUGUACUCAGGUACAGUGAAAUAAAUGUCAGUGUUGUAAGUCUUUGUUGUAGAAAUUUAGGCUGUUUUCACCAGACUCACUCACUUUAUUUUAUCUUUACAAACAGAUAAUAAACAGCAUCGGCAGUCAGGAAA